ACUAAAAAUAUCUACAUUAUAUUAACACAUAAAGUUACUCCAUUUAUAGAUGGAUUUGAAGAUUCAAGAUCAUCAUGAAAAACUAAUUUCAAACAUCAAAGUCGAAGUUGAAGUUGAAGUUGAAGUUGAAGUUGAUGAUAAGAAAAAACAUUAUAUAGGUGUUCGAAAAAGGCCAUGGGGAAAAUAUGCAGCUGAAAUUAGGGAUUCAACAAGGAAUGGAACAAGGGUUUGGCUCGGAACGUUUGAUACUGCUGAAGAAGCUGCUUUGACUUAUGACCAAGCCGCGUUUUGCAUGAGAGGUCCUUUAACUUGCUUGAAUUUUUCAGUAGAUAAAGUGCGCGAAUCCCUAACAAAAAUGGAAUUUAACAAUAUUAAAGAUGGAUUAUUUAUGUCUAGUCCAGCUGCAGCCCUAAAAGAGAAACACAAGAAGAGAAAUAGUACAUCAAGAAAAAAAAAGAAUAUUAGUAUUAAAGAAGAAAAUGUGUUGAUAUUUGAAGAUUUAGGUCCUGAUCUGUUAGAUGAACUAUUAUCUUCUGAGUACUCAUCUUGUUCAAAUUAAUCUACAAAAUUUUCACAUUUGUAAGUAAAUCUUGUACUUUUCUUGUUUAUGGUUUUAAUUCUAUGUUGCUCUUGGACACUCUAAAACGUUGUUGUAUUCGUGUCAGAUUCUUUUAAAAUACACUGUUUUUUGGAGGAUCCAACACGUAUUGACGAUAUUUUAUGAGACCGAGCAACAUAGGAUUAAUUUACCUUUCCUUUUUCAUCAUUUGGUUGUCAAUAUGAUGUUUGUGUUAAUUAUAACAGCAUAUCCAGUGUAAUUCUAUAAGUGAGAUCUGUUUAACUUUUUUUUUCAAUAGGAGUAAUAUAAAGGAUUCAAGAUCCAAUAGUUCACAAUA